ACAACUACGCGUUUGCUGGGAGCGUCAAACGGCAGCAGCAGCAUCAGGAGGAGGAAGAGGAGUAAACGCCCAACCUGCUCGCCUCCAUCCAUCUCCCUCUUCCUCCAUCCCCACCGACUCCUUUCCUAUUCCUCAGGCCGCACAGGUGCCGCCCUGAGCGGGCAAUAGGGCCGACCAGACUCUGUGGGGAAAGAUGGCCUUUUAACGUUCGGACUAAAAGCAGGAGAGACAUGCUGCCUUCCUCCUCCUCCUCCUCCCUUUACCUCUUCCUCCUCCUCCUCCUGCGGACCUCCUCCUCCCCCGCCUCGGCUGACAGGCGCUUCGGUUGUCUGUUCAAGCAAGAUCUUUGUACGCCAGUCGAGCUUUGCGUCAACGACGGGAUGUUUGGGAGGUGCCACUCCGUCCCGGUGAAUGAAGUUUACUCGUACGACGUCACCCUGCCUGUUGUACAACACUUUAGGCUCCUGCUGGACAAGAUGGCCGCUGCGGGUUUGACAUGGGAGGAUGACACCACCCAGCAUGUUUUGGCCAAAGGACUCUCCAAAGUCAUGAGGAUUCCUCACUGGCCGCCACUGAGCGCCUCCGCUGACAACACAGACAGCAGGCCUGCAGCCAAAGCAAUGGACCCGGUGGUCCAGGGGCUGAAGCCGGUGGAGGCAGAGCUUAGCAGGAACCUGCACACAUACCUCCAGCGUCUCGGACUCCUCCCGAAGGUGGGCAGCGCUGAAGGCUUGAGCAAGAGCAGUCUAGUCCAGUCAGACCUGUACAGCUCCAUGUCAGAUCCGACGAGUUCGAAGGCGUCUUCAUCCUUCAAAGUGAAACAGAACACAUCCGCGGAUAGGCUCCAAGUUCUCCUGAGUACCCUGAGGCAGCUUAUCUCCACGCAGCCCGACACCUUGGCCCGCCUCAGACCCGUCUACACCCACGGAACGGAAGCUUCUGCCCCCAAGAAUGUUAAAUCUAGACCCAAAACUCCAGGAGCAUCUGCCAAGGAGCCUCUCACAGUAGUGGAUGAGAAAUUCAUCCAGAACGUGUUAAAGAACAUCGGCAGGCAGCACCUGGACGUGGACAACCUGACGCCGCAUGACAUGGACCAGCUGUCCAACCUCAUUGUGGACGCCCUGCAAGUGGUGGACAAGGACCGGACCGCGGACCAGGAACGCAUCCGAUCCGGGCCGAGAGACUUGGGAGGUGAGCUGAGUGAUGGGAAGGAAGAAGAAAGGAAGGAGACUGCCAGAGAUGAGGAGAAGAUUACAGAGGACGCUCCAAUUUUGAUGACCUCUUCUGAUCCACCUCAAGAAGUCCAAUCGCUGACUAACGAUGACAAAGCGAAGGACAAGGUUGGUGGUGAAGACGUAUUCAGCAAACUUCUGGCCUACUUGGACCAAAGAGCCUCUUCCUCUUUGUCAUCCACGGCUUCUCCUCCUCCUCCUCGGCUUCGGAUGGGCCUUGAGAAUGUCCGCAGCCGCACCAGCGAGACAGGCGUGUUGGUGCAGAAGAAGGAUGCCACACAGUCGGUGGAGGAAAUGUCUGAGGUAGAGGGCUGGGUGAAGGAGGUUGCCCCACAACCGGGUGUGGUCAAAUACCAGGAAACGCGGCAGAAGAUGCCCGACGAACUCCAGCUGGAUGUCAAGGCUGGCGGGAAGGAGGCGGACAACGACUUCGGAUAUGUCAUCACAGACACAGACAGUCUACAAACAGACCAAGGUCUGCAUAUGAUGGAAAUCCUGGCUCGCAUGGCCAAAAUCCAAAUCACAGACUUCGCAGAGUUGUCGGUGGUGGGCCCGGCUGUGACGUUCAAAGUGAGCCCCAACCGGCAGAACGUCAACACGGCAGAUGUGGCCCGAGUGGCAGUGGCACAGAAAUCAUCGCUGGAGAAGGAAGCCAAGCUCAGCAUCCUGGAGGCGGGAGUUGCAGACGGCAGCGAGAUCUCGGCGAUCCCGGGCAAGUAUAGCCAGGCUGAGUCCACCAAGUUCCUGGCCCUGACGGUGGCAUCCAUCUUAUGCAUUGUGGGAGUGCUGCUGGCGUCCAGCGUGGUGUAUUGCCUGCGACACCGGUCGCACCACAAACUCAAGGAGAAACUCACCAACCUAGGAGCGGACGCUGGCCAAGAUGCCACCGCCACAUACCAGGAGCUGUGCCGUCAGCGCAUGGCUGUCAAGCCUCCAGCAGAGCGUCCGGAGCCGACCUCGUCCAGGAUCAACAGCGUGUCUUCACAGUUCAGCGACGGCGGUGGCGGCGCUUCGGCCGUCAGCCCGUCGGCCCGAAGCAGCCUCUCGUCCUGGAGCGAGGAGCCCGCUCAGCCCAACAUGGACAUCUCCACCGGGCACAUGAUCCUGUCAUACAUGGAGGACCACCUGAAGAACAAGAACCGCCUGGACAAGGAGUGGGAGGCGCUGUGUGCCUACCAGGCCGAGCCCAACGCCUGCAUGGCAGGUCUGAAGGACGGAAACGCCAAGAAGAAUCGAUCGCUCGCCGUGGUGGCCUACGAUCAUUCCCGCAUCACCUUGCGACUGGAGAACAGUCAAGGCAACUCGGACUACAUCAACGCCAGCCCCAUUAUGGAUCAUGACCCACGGAACCCAGCCUACAUCGCCACGCAAGGCCCGCUGCCGUCCACCGUGGCUGACUUCUGGCAGAUGGUUUGGGAAAACGGCUGCGUGGUGAUCGCCAUGCUUACACCGUUGGUGGAGAGCGGUGUGAAACAGUGCUACCACUACUGGCCUGACGAAGGCUCCAAUCUCUAUCACAUCUACGAGGUCAACUUGGUGUCCGAGCACAUCUGGUGCGAUGACUUCUUGGUGCGUAGCUUCUACUUAAAGAACAUGCAGACCAAUGAGACACGGACCGUCACGCAGUUCCACUUCCUGACUUGGCUCAACCAGAACGUCCCCGAGACCAGUCGCACCCUCCUGGACUUCCGCAGGAAAGUGAACAAGUGUUACCGCGGGCGCUCCUGUCCAAUCAUCGUGCACUGCAGCGACGGCGCUGGCCGAAGCGGGACGUACAUCCUUAUCGACAUGGUCCUCAACAAGAUGACGAAAGGUGCCAAGGAGAUCGAUAUUGCGGCCACUCUGGAGCACCUGCGAGACCAAAGGCCUGGGAUGGUCCAGACCAAGGAUCAGUUUGCGUUUGCGUUGACGACGGUGGCUGAAGAAGUGAACGCCAUCCUCAAAGCUCUUCCUCAGUAGGAAGGACCGACCACAAGAGCGACUAAGCAUCUUCCUGCUCGUGCUGGUUAUCUCCGCUCGUUUGUCCUCUUGACGUCCAUCCUUCCUCCUCUUCUUUCUCGUCUUCUUCUCUACUUUGUCGCCUGGAUUUGCUUGUCAUCAUGUAAAUCCUCGGUCUUCUCUUUCCAAUCUCUAUUUGGCCUUGUAUUGAAAUGAAUUUUAAUGAAAAAUGCUCGCUUUUCUUUCAGAAUAACUUUUAAAUACUCACAAACACUUAAAAGGCUCAUUCACUUGAUUGACUACACUCGAAUGCAUCAAUGGCAAAUAUUCUGUUUAUGUAGCUUUAAGGUUUCUAGCCAAGGUUAUCAUCCUAUCAUCCUUGACGUCAUUAUUGUCGCGAUGUUAAUUUUGAUCUGUAGUCUCUUGAGAACUUAUAACUCAUCAGUCCACGGAAUGACGUUCCCCAGGGCACAGUUCGAAAGCUUAGGCUUUUUACACUGGUGCCUUGACUUACAAGUUUUUCCACUUACGAGCCGUGGCGUUGGCAUCUAUUGCCCUGUUAUGUGGGCAAGGAGAGCCACAGUCGCCGUUUGUUGAACGGGACAGUCAAAUACAAAAUGAGAACACUCGCAAGGCGCUACAGUAGGCCACAACUCGCAACCAGACUCUCACACGCAGACGAGCCGACUCCAGAUCGUGACAUCACUCAGUAGGCCACACCCCUUAAAAGGGCACAUCCAACACACCAGGACAGUAAUUUCACUUCAGUUAAUUUCUUUACAUUGUCUUUUAUUAUGUUCUUAUACAACACAGGGCUAUUUGUUUUAAAUGAAACAAAAUAAUAUACAGUGAACCCUCACAUAUUCACAUUUAUAUUUACAACUCUUGCUAUUCUCAUUUUUUGUUGUAAAUUUUGUUUAAGGUUUUUUGUGCGAAUGAUUUUUUCCAUGAAAUUUUUAAUACUCGGUUUUUGUCCGUUUUUUUUAAACAAUUUUUGUAGAAUUACAACUUUUUUCCUGGUCAGGCAGGGCGUGGCUUAGAGGGUCGUUGGUUCAUAUCCCCGCCUGAGCACGUCGUCGUUGUGUUCCUGUGUUCAUUCAUCGCGGGGGUUACGUUCCAGAAUAAGUAGCAGUGACCAUGUAUUUUAUUUAUAUAAAUCUUUAUGCAUAAUACCAAUCAAAAAUACAGUACAUGCAUGUGAGGUGCAGGUAUAAUCUUUUUCCACUUGGGGUUGCCAUCCUCACAUUCCACACAUCAAUAUCUGCAACUUUGAGGGUUUGUGGCUUUAAAAGGCGGGGUCUGGCCUGGUGAGUGACAUGGCAGUCAGCGAAUGAGAGAGUAGUUGGCUCAAGAUAGCGGCUAGCUGUUAACUGGCUAACUGCUAGUCAGUCUGCGUGUUGAGUGCACAGGCGGCUGAGUAUCCUUGACAACCUGUAGAGGGAUUACAAUUGGUUCUAACUAAUUGUGGUCGGCUAUAUUAAGUUAGCUAACAAUGUUUACCAUAAACGUACAGUUCUCUAAGUCAGUUUUGCUGUGCAGUCAACACAUUACACUUUAUUUUCUUUUUUUUUAAGUGUGAAAUGAUCCCAAACUUUGGACAUUGUGUUUUACGCACUCUUUCCUCCCGGCGCUUACAAUUAACAUUAACGUUCGUCCGUUUGGAAAAAUGAUCACUGCAAAAUUCCACGGUGUAGCGAAAAAUGUCAUAUAAAAGAAGAUAGAGUAUGUAUGAUUUAAAAAUCAGCGAUACAGUGGGAAUGUGAGAAGUGAACCGUGAUGUGGCGAGGGACGACUAUGUUGAACUGAGUUGAGGAGCUUCAUUUGGACAAAAGUAGUGCUUUCCCGUUAACUUGUGGCAUCUAUAGGCAAUUAUAAGCAGUUUGAUUGCGCAUGGAUUUUCACUAUUGGUGGCAGGGCUCUGUCCCUAAACACUGUAUGAGCAAAUUAAACUGUUAAGUUGAGGUACCACUGUAUUAUGUGCUAUUAUGCAUAAUAGCAGUAAAUUGGAGGUUGUGAGUUUCGUAAAAUGAAGACAAAUGGAGACGUUUUUGUCUGUCGCAUUUAUGGUUAUUCAUUCCUUUAUUCAAAUUCCUGGACUCGUUAUGGUCUCGAUGGGGCCGUCUUCACUUCUAGUUGUACAAAAAUCAGAGUGGUAGCUGUACGAACUGUCAGCAUGAGACAUUUUUGUGCGUAAAGUCAAGAUAAAAAUGCUCUUCUAGGCUUGAGUCAUUUUUGGCAUCAUAACGGUUGAUUUUAGAUGUGAUAAUCCGAUUUUUUGUUUGUUUGUGAUAUUACUUAAAUUUUUUUGUUGUAUUACCCAUGUGAUUCCCAUGGCCCAAUUUAUUUCAGUGGCUACUCGUGCAUGGCUUUAACUCAGCAAACAGUCAAACUAUAUAUUAUAUAGACGUAUAUUGUAUAGUCUAUGACCAGGAUUAAAGGAAGCAUUCAACUAUUCUUUCAUGGUUAUUUGAUUGAUUUGAUGUCCGUGUGCAAGUACAACUCCAAAUACGCGCGCGCGCACACACACAGGAUGCAUCAGCACAGAAAAGCAACUAAAGCUAUUUUGUUCUAUUGGUGUCAAUAAAGUCGUAUUGUCAGUGUC